UUUACAGACAUUUCAUUUUUGAAAAGAAAACAAUCAAAACAGUUUUUAAGAAUUAUUGAUUGAGGUGAGGAUGGAUUAUAAUAUAAUCCAUUAUCAUCAUGAUAUUAUCAUUAUGUUGUAGAAUGUAAAGGAUAUUUGAAUUUAGAGGUUUAAUUGCCGCCAUCGUUUUUGCACUGCCACGGCUGCUAUUCAGGAAGCAGUAGCUCAGACAGCUGUUUCAGUCCAGUUUGCUUUUUUAGAUCAGCUGCUUUUUAUCAAACUUGUUGAGUUGUCGAUGAUUCAUAGGUUAUAUUAUUACGUUUUCUGUUUUACUGUUUGUUCUUGAGUCAAGUGUUGUUAACAAGACGUGUUUCAUUUUUUUAAAAUUAAGUUUGGCUUGAUUACAUCUUUUACAUUAUAGAUUAAGUUUAAGUUUCAUAAAACUUAAUGCAAUUGUACAUUUCUAAAAAAGCAUCUUAUUCUUGAAUUAAUCUUUUGUGCAAAAAAAGGAAAGUUAGCAUGCGUGACUCACGGUCUGUGAGUGUACAAGGAAAAUGCUUCUCAGUUCAAAUUUAAGUAAAAUUAUCUAAAAGAAAUUCAGUUUACUCACCCACAAAAAUUUAAUUUGACGACACUGCAGUUGUAUCAUUUGGGACUACCUGGGAGGAUGCUUUCAGUAAGGCUACCAAGGAUCUCUUUGGUGUCAGGAAGUGGCUCGAUCAGAACAAACUUACUCUGAAUGUUGACAAAACUAAGUAUUUGCCUAUUUAUUUCAAAUCAAACAGUAGCCCAGUUCAGGAGAUCCUCAGGCUCCACUCAUGUGAUGACUAUCAGUCCACUACGUGUGACUGUGGGGUAUUGCAGCAAGUGGAGCAGUACAGGUACCUUGGCGUUCUGAUUCACCACAAAUUAAGCUGGGCUCCACAAGCUAUUUCACUGAAGCAGCGAGUGCGCAAAAUGAUAUAUAUGCCUUCAGACAGCUAAGAGAGGUCCUCCCUUUACAUCAACUGCGGGUGGCAUACUACGCAUAUAUCCAGUCAGUUCUUAUGUAUGGUGUCAUAGCUUGGGGUGGAGCCUCCUCGUUUGCCUUGGAGCCGGUGGCGGUGGCACAGCGAGCAGUCAUCAAGACAUGUCUCAGGCGAGACUAUCGCUACCCAUCUAAUCUUGUUUACCAAGAGAUUCAAGUUUUUAAUAUUAGACAGCUUUACAUAAGAGUUUUAAUGAAUUACAUAUACUACAACAAACACUUCAUUUUCAAUAAUUUAGCUCAUACUCAUAAUACAAGAAAUCUAAUUAACUUUGGUAUUGCUCAUCCCCGACUCCUACAUAACUGCUUUAAAAAUAAUAGUAAAUACAUCUGUCAUGUAUUAUAUAGAAACGUUCCCAAUAAUUUAAAACAGCCUGAAAAUUAUAGUAUUAACACCAAAAGCAACAUUUGAGUAGAUGGUUAUUAGAAAUUGGCAGGGAUGCUGCAGAGCAACUGAUUCAAUCCGCCUUCUUAUUCAGAACUUAGUGAAUUUGCCAUUUAUAAUGAUUAAGUAUAGCCUUUAAGCUACUAUUUAUAUAUUUGUCUGUAUAUACUUAUUACCAGUAUGGAAUUUCAUUGUGUGCAAUUUAUAUUCUUGAUUUGCUGAUGAAUGUUAGUUGAUUCAAUUGAAAUAGUUUUAAUUAUACGUACAAAACAUGAGAACAUAAUCUCAACUUGAAAGAACUCACUCUCCACUCACAGACUCAAGUCUUUGUGGAGAGUAUUCACUGUUAAAUGUGUAAAUGAAUUCUAUAAAUUUGUAUUAUGUUUUGUGAAUAAAAAGUUAUUUGAUUUGAUUGUCAAAUCACAAAAAAUACAUGGUGGUAAUUCAUAAUUAGUUUUAUAGAAAUAUUUGAUUGCUAGUAUGCUACUAACCUCACAUUGUAUGACAAGUUUUUACAACUCGAAAUUAUACUUUUAUCUAUAGUGUAUAUAAAAAAUGAAUGUCUGUUUGUUUGUUUCCUGUAGACUCGAAAACUACUUGACAGAACGGCAUGAAACUUUGGAAAUAUUUCGUACGUCGCAAUAAGAAGGCUGAACAAUCGAACGUUGGGAGAGCUGAGCCACAACUUGAUAAGGAGCCCAUCCGUGGGUGCGGGUGCUGUGGUUUUGACCAAUCAGGUGAAAGCAGUGGAGACCAUGGAACCCCAUUGGGGAAUACAGGAUCACCGGAACCGAUUACUUUGGAGUCAAUGGACUUCGUUGGUUCCUUUCCUGAAGAAGUGACAGAUAUGAUUUUGUCACUUCUGUCGGCAAAUGAUCUGGAAAAUUGUAGCAGUGUGAGCCAGCUUUGGAGCAGCACAAUCAAACGUUUUCAACAACAACAAAUAUCGCGUUUGAAAUACAAUUGGGAAAACGGAAAAUAUUCUGUACACUGUUUCCCCAUAAGUGAAGAGUUUACAACUGUAUAUACAUAUAAAAUACAUAUGUAGAGAUAUAUUUAAAUAUUGGAAGUCUCGAAGUACUCUCUUCUAAUUUGCCUUAUGACCACUUCAUCCUCUACCCUCUAUAUAUGCACAAAAAAGCUUCAAAUCAAUUUCAUUUUUCCAUAGUUGGUAUUGAUGCAGAGUUGGGGAUGACAUUCAAUAUUUUUCAAUACCCUAUUUUCCCAGGUAGCAUAAAGAAGGUAUGGGUCAUGGGAGACUCAUUGAUAUGGUUUACUGAAUCUGAAUAUGAAUCAGUAGCAUCGUUACAUUACUACAAUGCUUCAUUAGUGCCCAACACUGAAAAGAGAACUAUUUAUAAAUGUGCAUUCUCCCAUCGAAUAACAUCCCUGAGAAUGGAUAGAAACUACAUCGCUAUUGCCGACGAUAACGGGUAUGUGAAGGUCUGGUGUAAACAUACUCUUGAACUAAAAUUCGAGCAGAACCAUGCCUUUUAUUCACAGCAUAUUAGUUUAUUUGAUGGUUGCCUUGUCAUCUCCAAACCUGAGAUUGGUCUGCAUGUAUAUCACAAAAUAUAUCCUACUGCUUCUGUAAUUCAAAUUCACAACUUGAAAAGUGAUCCGAACCAUUGCUCCACUCUCAAACACACUUUCUCUGUUGAUGGACAAGUUCAAAGUCUGGAUUCAAACAGUCAUUUCAUUUUCCUGAUAUUUGAGCACAAAUUAAUCCAAGUAAUCAGUAAACAGAGUUACUCCAUCAUCUAUUCCCACAAGUAUGACUCAUUUCUUACUCGUGAAAUUCAACGCGCACAUGAUGACUAUAUAGUUGUUAAAGAAGUUUCCAAUGAUCAAAGAUACAGAAUAUUGAAUCUAGUCACUAGACAGUGGUCAGACAUUAUUCCAUCUUGCGCCAAAAAACUGUGGACUGUGUUUGAUAAUAUUGCUGUGAUUUCUAAUUGGUCUGACAAAACUCUUCACGUUUUUGACUGGAAAAGGAAUACACAACUGCUUACUUUGGCAAUCCCCGAGCAGAUAAGUAGAAGGUAUAUUGUUAUGAGUGUAACAGAGUUGAGAAUUGUAAUUGUUGAUUUCUAUUCCAAUCAAGUAGUAGUAUUCAAGUUUGGGUAGGCUGAAGUGGAGGAUAACUCUGGUAUGCUAUUGAUAUUGACGAAUCAAAAUUAUCCAGUGUCUGUUGUGGAAAAAUUAUAUUGGUAUCAUAUCCUUAUUACUUCUUGCUCUGACCCUUGAAUUGAACAUUGUUCUUGCAACAUUUAGUUUCGUGUGUUGUUGUUUCAGUGAAUGUUAACUUUGAUUAUGAUUCAAAAUAAUGUCUAUCAUAUCAACUUGAUUAGUUUUCUCGUCAUUAAUUGCUCUGAUUGUAGAAUUGGGUGUUGUUUUGGAGUCAUUCGGAAAUGAUUUCGUAUUUAUAGUCUAAUUCUCCCAUGAAUGAAAUCCAAAUGUGUUAGGCUGGCCACUAACUGUAGGACAUGCAUGCACACACACAUGUUCAUCAUGCAUGUCUUGUCAUCAGGGAGAGGCAGCUAACAUAAUAUAAAUAACCACUAACAAUGAAUAAACCACUAGAAAAUCACAAAUAAUAAUCAUAAACCUAAUUCAAACUCAGAGUAGUGAAGAAGAAAUAACCAACAAAAAAUCGAAGAUUCAAAAUCGUAACCACAAUAACUUUUGCCCUGUGAUGAAUGACACAACAAUGUAUAUUGUCAUGUGUAUUAUGCAUGUCCUGUCGUUAGUGGUCAACCUUAAAAGAAUUAAGAAAAUUUCUGAACUAUUGUCUUCCAAUACAGGUGUUCAGGUAAUUUUUUAUUUAUCCAAUUUGACUGUAGUAGGCCUACUACUCCAAAUCUUCGGAAUGUCUUAUAUACUGGAAUAAUAAUUUGAUCUGUGCUACUUUGGUGGCUGUAUAUCUGUAUUGAAU